GGCGGCGGCGGCAGUCAGACCGGGAUCGUGACGGACACGUAGCGACGCUGACGCUUUGACGGCGGCGCACAUCGGAGACGACGCGGAGCAUCGUGGAACCCAAGUGCCUUCUGACCCAGCGGAGAGAGACGCCAUGGGCCGCAACGACCUGAUGGGCCAGGCGGAGGACGUGGCCGACCAGUUCCUACGAGUGACUAAACAGUACCUCCCUCACGUGGCGCGGCUGUGUCUGAUCAGUACGUUCCUGGAGGACGGUUUCCGCAUGUGGUUCCAGUGGGCGGAACAGAGAGAAUACAUAGCCGCCACCUGGAACUGUGGCUGGUUCCUGGCCGCCUGCUUCGUCCUGAUCAACCUACUGGGACAACUGGGCGGGUGUCUGUUGAUUCUCAGCAGGAACUUUGCGCAGUACGCCUGUUUCACCCUGUUUGGAAUCGUCGCUCUGCAGACUGUGGGAUACAACAUUUUGUGGGACCUCAAGUUCCUCAUGAGAAACCUGGCUCUGGGAGGAGGUCUGCUGCUCCUGCUGGCUGAGUGUCGGGGGGAGGGGAAGAGCAUGUUUGCAGGGGUCCCGUCUCUGGGAGAGACGUCUCCUAAACAGUACAUGCAGCUCGGGGGUCGAGUGCUGCUGGUGCUCAUGUUCAUGACCCUGUUACACUUUGACCUCAGCCUGUUCACCAUCCUGCAGAACCUGGUCGGCACGGCGCUCAUGGUGCUGGUGGCAGUGGGCUUUAAGACCAAGCUGGCAGCUCUCACUCUGGUGGUCUGGCUGCUGGGCAUCAACUUCUACUUCAACGCCUUCUGGACCAUCCCGGCCUACAAACCCAUGCACGACUUCCUGAAGUACGACUUCUUCCAGACCACCUCCGUCGUGGGGGGCCUACUGCUGCUGGUGGCCCUGGGGCCCGGCGGCGUUUCCAUGGACGAGAAGAAGAAAGAGUGGUGAGAGAAGGAGAUGGAUGGACAGACGGAGAAAAGAGAGUUGGAAAGAAGAUGAGCGGAGGAAAAAAAGUGAUGAGGAGGAAGGAUGAAGAGAUGAAGAGAAGAUUUACUCUCCUCCACUCAGGACUAGCAAACCAAACACACACAUGCACACAUGUACACACACAUCACACAUACACACACACACACACACACACACACACACACACAAACACACACAUUAUAUACACACACACACACACA